UCAACAACAGAUUAGCAAAAAAAUAUCAUGAUGAACAAAACAUUAAAACAACCACCAGAACGCCAUCGUUUUAACAACAGAAAAGAGAGAGAAAAUUCCAAAAAUGGAUUCGAAGAAAUCAACCCAACCACCACCAACACCACCACCAACAAACUCAGAAUCGCCGACAACGCAGCCCGAAUCACCGUCACCUUCUCCGCUAGCUUCGGCGGCAAUGGCGGCGGUAGAAGAACUCGUCGAAUCUCUAAAUUUGCGAAAAACGUACAGAGAAGUCACACUUGCGCUUCGAUCUGGACUCAGAGAUGCGCGCGCUGAAUUUUCGUUCCUUCGAGUUCGCGGUCUUCGUUGUCUUCUCAAAUUCCUCCGUUCAAUCGCUGAUUCUGACUCCACGAUUCGUCUCUUUUGCCUCACUCAAUCUCUUCCUGAUCUUCAAGUGGUCCCUAUUCUGUUUCAGUAUUCGCUUAAAGAUACAGAAGAAGAUAGAGUGACCAGUUUAGAUCAUAUAUUCACCGUGGAGCCUAUGAAGUUAACAGGCCCUUCAACUGAUACUGAAGUUGCACUUGCACUUCGUGUUUUGGAAGGAUGCUGCCUGAUUUACAGGCAAAGUACAAUUCUGGCUCACCAGCACAAGGCGAUUCCGGUGCUGAUGAAUAUACUGUCGAGUAGAGGAGUUCUAGAGCAAGGGGCCUGCUUGGAUGCUUUGAUUGCUUUGAUGUUGGAUUCGACUGCUAAUCAAAUGGAUUUUGAAACCUGUAAUGGCAUUGAGGAAGUUUCUGCAAUUAUUAGAGACAAACAAGUUGAUGAAAAUCUCAGGAUGAAAUGUGGAGAAUUUUUGUUAUUACUCAUUGGGCAUGUGGAUGGGAGAGAUAUGCAGCCCAUGGCGACAGUACACGAAGACAUACGUCGACUACUCGGGGAGAAAUCUGCAUCUUUGAUAUGGGCAGCUAGUCAAUUUGGCUCAACGCUUGAUCCAGAGGAGAGGAUGACAGCGUUGCACAUCCAAGCCCGUAGAGUUUUGGAGUCACUCGAUCUUUUUGGAGUGUAGAAGGCCACCGGUACCUUUUUGAAGAUCAAGAGUAUAUAUAAAUUUCAUUUCUGACUGAUGUCAACAAUUCAUGUAGAGCUGUGCCAAUUGCCAACUGCCAACAGUUUUGUGAUAUGCCGAAACUAGAGGAGUGUAGGUAGGUCAUAGGUGUCUCUAUUGCCAUUAUUCCUGUUGUUGUCAAUACCUUCUCCCUUCGUCUUUGGUUUUUGAUGGUUCUGGAAAUGAUACAUAGUGGUUGUUUGGUUGGAGUCGUAUUUACCCAAGAAGUCUUUAGAAAGUGGGAAUAUGAUGUUUGGUUUUCAGGAAACACAGGAAGUUGUACUUGUCAAAAUUGAGGAUAUUGCUAACAUAGUCCCCGGAAGGUCUACUUUGUGUGUUCAACCAAACUUUUUAUUCUGUUCCUUGAACAUGAUGCCUUCGAAAACUAUACAUUUAUGACUACAUGUGAAGAGAGAAUUUCUACGUCCAACCGAUUGAAUACAAUAACUUCUGAGUUGUCAUAAUAUAUUACUCGAGGACUAGAGGUAGUUGUAUAGUUUAUCUCCCGUGGUUUUGUGAAACAUGUAUCUCAUUGUAAAUGACAAUUACUUUGUGGUAUUUUCAUUGUUACUUGUAUAAACAUGUAUAGUCUAUUAAGGAAUGGAUGAAGAAGUUGAGUAACAUAGCUACUUGUAUUAUUACAAUUUUGUCUGAAUAUGUAAUGAAUUUCAUAAUAUUUUACUUAUAUAAUUAAAAUUUUGGGAAAUUUCUAUAA